GCAGGAUGCGGCAGUACACAGCAAGACAUGUGAUCGGCUAGUGUUUUUAAACAGGUAGCGGGCGGCCAGGUAAGAGUCGGGGCGAGGAGGCAAAAUGAGAACGGGGCUUUCGUGAUGCUGCAGGCAGUGCGGUCUCUCUACGCCUGGCGUGGUUUUUUAUGUCACUUUUUGUCUCCCCGUUCACCUCCCAUCAGUUUAAAGAACCAUCUGUUGUCUUUGAUGGGCUCCGGGGUCGGCGGUCGGGAAUGAGGACUGAGCCGGAGGACAGCGGUCUCGUCCAAAAACCAGCGCGCUCAGAUGUUCUUUUUAUGUCUUUUUUUUUUUAAAUAACGCAGCCGCUCUCUCUUAAACGCUGGCGUCCGGGGCUUACAGGUUUCCACUGAACACGAGCACGUCAAUGAAGACGAGAAACACGCCUCUAGUCCAAGCGAGGGGGUCCUGGUUUUCGUGACUGAAGCUGGACACUUAAAAAAACAAACAAACAAACAACAAAAACAAAAGGGCGAUCAUGGCUGACGAGCGCUCCAUGCCCCUGUGCAGCCGCCUGAGCUACUCGGUCGGGCACUUUCUGAACGACCUGUGCGCCUCCAUGUGGUUCACAUACCUGCUGGUGUACUACCACUCCGUGCUGGGCUUCCAGAACACCUGCGCCGGCAUCCUGCUGCUGGUCGGGCAGAUCGCGGACGGGGUCUGCACGCCUCUCAUCGGGUACGAGUCGGACCGGACCCCGGGCUGCGGGCGCUACGGCAAGAGGAAGUCCUGGCACCUCGUGGGGACAGUGAGUGUGCUGCUGUCAUUUCCUUUCAUCUUCAACCCCUGCAUCGGCUGUGGGCAGGAGACGCCGCAGUGGGUGGGCCUAACCUACUUCAUCCCCUUCAUCGUCAUCUUCCAGUUCGGCUGGGCGGCCACACAGAUCUCCCACCUGUCCCUCAUCCCCGAGCUGGUCACCAACGACCACGAGAAGGUGGAGCUCACGGCUUACAGGUACGCCUUCACCGUCAUCGCCAACAUCACUGUGUACGCCGUCGCCUGGCUGCUGUUCAAGUUCCAGGCCGGGCAGGUGGACGACCCGGCGAUGACCGACAGCCUGGGCUGGCAGGACGUCUCCGUCUUCAGGAACCUGGCCCUGAUCGUGGUCGGGCUCGGGGCCGUGUUUUCUCUGCUGUUCCACGUGGGCACGAAGGAGAAGGGGCUGGUGCUGCCGAAGCCGGCCGACGAGGAUGGGGAGCGCCAGCCGGUGCUGCAGCGGGCGCCCCCCCAUUCCCUGAUGCAGUGGAAACACUGGCUGAAGGAGCCUGCCUUCUACCAGGUGGCUAUGCUGUACAUGUGCACCAGACUGAUUGUGAACAUGUCUCAGACCUACAUCUCCAUGUACCUGACUAACUCCCUCAUGCUCCCCAAGAACUACAUCGCCACGAUCCCUCUGGUGAUGUACGUCAGUGGAUUCGUCUCCUCUUUAUUCAUGAAGCCAGUCAGCAGGCUGAUUGGUAGAUAUAUGACCUAUUUUGUGGGCCUCCUGCUGAUCCUGGCCUUCGCCUACUGGGUGAUGGUGGACGUGAAGAUGGGCAAGGCGGUGUAUGGUGCCGCGGUGCUGCUGGGCGCCGGCUCUGCCACCAUCCUGGUGAUGUCGCUCUCCAUGACCGCCGACCUCAUCGGGAACCAGACGCAAAGCGGGGCUUUCGUGUAUGGAGCGAUGAGCUUCACCGACAAGGUGGCCAACGGAGUGGGCGUCGUCAUCAUCCAGAGCCUCCAUCCCUGCCACACACAGAUCUGCUGCCCCGCCUGCGUCUGGUUCUACCACCACAUCAUGGUGAUCGUCACCGGGGGAGUGGCCUUCGUGGCGGCUCUGUCCCUGUGCUCCAUCCUCAUCUGGCCAAUCAAGAUCCGAAUCAGAACCAAGGAAGAACAGAUAAACUAGAAUUCCAAACAUUAAGAGCACUUCUCUGUAGAGAAGAAACAGACCCCGACAACCUACCAUCACAGUAGAUCUUAUUUUGUCAUGUAUUAACCACGUUUCACUAAUGCACAUCAUGAUAUCAAUCAGAUACAUAGAAAUUAACAUUAAUACAUUUAAUUGUCAGUCCUUAUUACAUAACUUUACAGUUUCUUAACGAUUUUCUAAUUGUAAAUGUAUUUAAUAAUACAAAUGUUAAACAGGAUAAUACCUAUUUGGGUCAUACACAUGACAAUGUGAAAUUCUUAAUGAUUCAUAAUCAUAAAAAUCAUUUUUUAAAAGAAAAACCUCCUCAAUUAAUGAGAAAAUUCAAAUAGAAAGUAUCUUAUUUAGCAUUAAAAAACCAAUCCUUUUUGAUUUGCCAUUUUUAAUUAUGGCACGUUUUUCCACUUGCCAUUCUCUCUGUCCCACAGCGCCACUUAGUGGCCCGGGGUUGAACUGCAACACCGAGUAAGCGGCUGCUGCAGUAACUAUGCCGGCAGAAACGGACACUUUUACAGCCUUAAAGGAGUCUGCCCGUCUACAUCAACAAGAGCUCCCCAAAAAAGGAACAUUUUUUAUUUAAAGUUAAUAUACAGUGCAAGAAACUGAAAUGGGACUUAGAGAAUUUGGCUCAACAGCCAAAACACAGAAUACAGGAUCCAACUACAGACAGAUAAGCAAUUCUGCAACAAGUCAAUGAACUGUCUGUAUGGACUCUUGGAUCAGCCUCCUGAAAAAUGUUGUCCGUUCACCACCCCUUCUGAACUUUCAAAAAAACCUGGUUUAGGGGGACCAACACUUUCAUAGAGUGACUAUAGAAUCUUAUCCCUGUAAACUGGCUGUAAAGUUUAUAUUUAAUUGACCAUACUUUGAUGGGUUGAUUUAUUUGAAUCGAUUUUUAAAUUGGCCAUUAAAAUGAAACCUUGUGAACAAACGUUUUGAGCUCUGCUUUCCACCAGUCCUGCUGCUGUGCACGGGAGUUUUCUUGUGACGGACCGGUCAUUUGGUGCCUAAAAGCUGUAACGGCGCACAGCUCUGAAGUCUGCGCGCAUCUUUCUUGAGCAGUCUCCACAGGCACAGUGGUCGGGUCCUCGACCCAGUUCUGGGCGGGAUUUUGGAGCAAGUCCGAUCACAGCUAGGGAUUUGGAAGGCCGUGCAGCAGCGCUCCAGGUUGUCUCCUGUGAAGUGCAGCUGGCGCAGGCUGUUCUCCAGGCCGCUGUGUGUGCGUUGUGCCAGCUGGGGCAAGGAUCAGCAGAGCCGCUGGAGCUCAGGCCAUCGACCGGAGACUCCAGUGAUGUUCAACCGCUAAAACGGAGCUCUUUUUUGUGUCACUUUAAGAUCGGACUUUGUUGUAUACCCACCCGACCUGAUGUUGCCAGCCGUGAUGCUGUGGGACGCCCCCGUCCCCACGGGGGGGGGAGAGCCAGGAAGUGCUGCAGAGGCCUCCUGAUCCGCCCGCCCACUGAGCAGAGACCUGAGGGGCAGGGCUGGCCAGGGGAGGGGGCGUCCUUCCUGAGCACAGGGGUUGCAGGGUUGCCAGCAGCUGAGAGAGCCCUGCGUGGCUGAUGCCAGCCCUAUCCCUGGCAGCGCUGUGCCAGCUGUGCUGACUCGUGGGUCCUGGAUACAGCCGGCGAGUGACGUGGCUCGAACCUGCGGCGCCUGGGUCACCGAGCCGCUCCGCAGCCCGGGCUCAGCUCUCAGUAGGGCUCCCAUGGUUGUGUUCCUGUGGCUCCCAGAGCACUCUGACCUGUUCUUGGCAUGUACAUCUACUAGGCUACAGCAGGGAGCCUUGCGCUGUAACGGCAGCCUACAGUACGAGCCUCUCUGAGGUGAUGUGCAGCUGUUAACAGUCCUGGCCUGAGUGAGUUAAGCCCUAAAAGCCUUCUGUCACUUCCUGACUGCAUUUGUGUGGGUUAAGGAUUUCAAAGAGCCGGUAUUCAACCUGUCUGGCUUCCUUUAAUAGGGUAUAGAGAGCAGUUUUAUGCCGUAUUAAUGAAAGCCUUGAAUGGAGAGUUCCUCCCGUCGCUGUCUUCAUGCAAGCACAUGGCUGGGACUUCACCGCUCUGCCGGUUCUGACAAACUUCUUCCCAACAAGGUGUACACUCACACAGGGUAGCUCACCCUGCACUACAAAGGGAUUCCUCAGCACUAGAUAUUCACCAUCUUCGCUUUUUCUGCCUACUUUUCUUUAAAACCCGCAGAAUGUACAAUAAGAACAAAUAUCCAUGUCCAGACUGUCCUGCAACAGUGUCUCAGGAAUAGGCAAAAAGAAGUUCUCAUUCCAAAAUACGCAAACUAAUCAAAUCAAGUUUUCCGCUUGCCAGAAUGGCGAAUCGGACCACACGUGUGUAGAACAGUUGAUGACGUGGGUAAGUAACUUGCUUUUGUACAGGGGGUGUUUCCCCCAGGGCCACUGAAGUAAAGUGGUAGCUGUCUGGUGUCGCCGAGUCGGCUCCCUUUCAGAUUCCAGCACUGUCUCCUGGUGGGCUUCAAGCCUGUUUAAAGUAAAACCCCGAGGAGAGUUCCUGACCGCGGGUCUGUUGAAGUUUCUUUGCAUCUUUCCUGAUGAAACCUUGUAGAGUAGCUACACUGGUGUGUCUCACCAUUGACGCGAGCUGUGGGGCUGGAACUGAAUGAGAUUCGAGGGUCUUAGAGAGGAGACGGUACUAGAUGCUGACUUGUGUUUUGUUAACCAUCGAAUGUGGGAUUUCUUGCAGACCCGUUCUUUGUUGCUUCUGCUCCGCUGCUGUAUCGGUGUCACCUGUUGCUCUCCGCCCAGGAGCGGGAUGCCGGCCAGAGCUGGGCAGGUGUAGGCGUCGCCCCUCGUCGCCAGCCACCUCCCGCUGGGCUGGGAGAUGAUAAAUCACCAAGGAAAUAUGAAUGAGCUUUGGAAAAAUUCUGGAUUUUCAGACAAUUGUUUUGGUUUUCUGUGUAGGCCCAAUGCCCUGGUGCUUAGUGGUGCUCUGCUCUGGCACAACUUCCUCCCCCCAGGGGGGGUGUUGGCGUCGGGUUCUGCCCACGACCACUAACCCCCCCCACCCUCCGUGUGCC